GCCUCUGCCGCCGCCCCCCAGUCCGUUUUCUAGCGCCAUCGACUUGUCACUCACAACUUUGUUCCUGGAGAGUUUGCCAGCCGCUAGCACUCUGAUACCAAUCUGAUUGCCCCCGACCAAAAACCAUAAAUAAAUAACAUAAAUGCCAAUGAGCCCCCACACUUUGGCCCAAGAUCGAUCAAGCCUCUCUCGAUUCAAUUGUGUCUAGAGCCAUCCGCCGGGCCCUUCCCCCUAGCCAACCCCACGUUGAAUCCUCUGGACAUAUAAUACGCCUAUCUUCCCGGCCCCAACACCAUCAUCAUCUCGCUCGCCAACUACCACUCUCACACCUACCAUUGCUUUCUCUCUACUAUAUAACAUUGGACCAGUCUUAGACUUCUUGUCACAUACCUUUGCCUCUUCAGACAUUCACCAGCCAUGCCUAUCUCACAUACUCACCGCGGCACCCACGCACCCAUCUUCCCGCUUCUACCGGAACACCCAGUUCCUUCACAAUCCACCAUGUCUGACGGCAUCAUCAUGGUGGGACCCAAGGUCCCCGGCACAAGAUGCCCAACCUGUGCCCUAGAUGGCAAGGAAGUCUGGGUCAUCCCAGGCCGAUGCUGCGGCUAUUGCGGCACCCCAUGUGACUGAGUACCAUCUUUAUACGCAUCGCCAACCUUUUUUUUUUUU